GAUUAAAAAAAGAAAAAUUAGAACCAAAUCUGGAAAACUAAACAAAAUGAACAAAAUUAGACCAAAUUUCAUACAAUUCAAGCCCAGAAAUUCGCAUAAAAACAUUCAUAAUUCAAGCCCAAAAAUUCGCAUAAACACACCACCAAAUUCGCACAAACACAUUCAUAAUUCAAGCCCAGAAAUUUCAUAAUCUGACAAAAUGAUAAUAGCACGGUAAAAUCUGAUAUCUAAAAUACCUCUAACACCCUCCCGCAAUCGUAACGGCAGUAACACGAACGUUGCGAUUGGAAAUUCUGCUCUUUGUUGAAGUCGAGAUGCACAAAUCUGGUGAUAUCAGAUUUUGUCGUGCUAUUAUCAUUUUGUCAAAAUUCGCCAAAGGUAGAGAUGGAGCUACCUAUAUAGACGCCAUCACCCCGGGCUUCUCUGCGGAUAAAACAGGCAAGUUCAGUGUAGGGGACAAAGUCAUCGCCACCAGUGCAGUGUUUGGCACUGAAAUCUGGCCGACUGCCGAGUAUGGAAGAACUAUGUACACCAUCCAUCAGAGGAUAGGCCCUCUCUACAUGAAAAUGCAGAAACGCUUUGGUAAGCUUGAUUUUUCGGGUGAGAUGAUAGAGAAGGAGAUUAUCCGUGCUGAAAGGAACGCUGGUUUUAUCAGCAACCGUGUCAGAGAGAUUCAACUCCAAAAUUACCAGAGGAAGAUGGAGCAGAAAGAUCGUAGGGAAAAAGACCUCUAUGAAGGCCUCCAACUUUACAAGAAUGGGAAAUAUGAGGAAGCACGGCAAAAUCUGAUAUCUAAAAUAUCUCUAACAUAAUCACACCACCAAAUUGCCGAAAAUAAUCCAACAAAAUUGAACGAAAAACAAAGCAAAAAACGAAAAAUCAACCCAGAAAAAUUCGAGAUCCCAAAACCCCAUUAAAUUCAACCCUAAACCCCCAAAAUUACAAACCCCAAACCCACAUAAUUCAAGCGCAUAAAACACUUGAAA